ACUCUGUAGAGCACCGUGUGUGGUAACCUGUAAUCAUGGAGGUGACAGCAGCCCGCCGCUCGUUUCUGUGCGACAUCGGCUUCUGGGCAGACCGCACUGCUCUGCACGAAGCAGCAUCCCACGGCAGGACUUUGCAGUUGAAGCAGCUGAUAGAAAACGGAGCGUCUGUCAACAUGGUGACUGUGGAUAACAUCACUCCUCUACACGAAGCCUGCAUCCAGGCUCAUCCAAGCUGUGCUCGCCUGCUGCUGGAGGCAGGAGCCCAGGUGGACGUACGCACCAUCCACGGUAGCACGCCUCUUUGUAAUGCUUGUGCUGCUGGCAGCCUGGACUGUGUCGAGCUGUUGUUGGACUAUGGAGCCAAGGUGAACCCGUCCCUCACAGCUCUCACUGCCUCACCGCUCCACGAGGCCUGCAUACAAGGUAAACCUUCAGCAGGAACAACGCUGUCAUGCUAUCACAUGUCUCGCUAUGAACAACGCUUCACAUUCCUCUCAGGUAACCCCCAAGUUGUGAGACUGCUGAUAGCCAGCGGUGCCAAGCUGGAGGCAUUUGACGUCCACUUUGGGCCUCCCCUUCACAUAGCAUGUGCUAAAGAACAUCUGAAUUGUGUCAAGGAGCUGCUAACUGCAGGUGCUAAUGUGAAUUCAGUGAAGUUCCAUGAGAUAGCGUUGCAUCACGCAGCUCGCGUCGGUAUGGUGGAAAUGAUUGAGCUGCUGGUGGAGUUUGGGGCCAAUGUGUACGCCAGCGACAACCUGGGAAGAAAGCCUAUAGACUACACGACACCUGCAUCUCCCUCGUACACCUGCCUCAGGUUUUAUGAAAGUAAUCCUUUGAGCCUGCAGCAGCUUUGCAGGAUUGCUGUGAGGAGGAUGCUGGGUACCAGAGCAUCAGAGGUCCUGAGCCAGCUGAAUAUAUCCCACCGCAUCAACAGCUACCUCCAGUACUGUGAUCGUCCCAUAUCCCUACAGACUUACACAUGAACAUUUAGUAGACAAGGUUUAAAAUGUCCCCUGAAAAAUGUUUGCCAUUCAGAUGAAACACAUGUAACCAGGAUGAACAUCUCUGUGUGGAGUCAGUUCAACACUGUAUGUCAAAUUAAACCAGUUCAUUGCUGAAUGAGAA